AUGCGUCUUGCAAACUUUGGGACUCUUGUGAUGGUGAUGUAUGGUGUUGUUGCUACUGCGGCUGCCACCACCCAUACUUUCUAUUACGAAGUCACAGCAUUGAAAGCCAACCCAGAUGGGGUUAAAGAGAAAACUGUGAUUGGUUUUAACAAUACUUGGCCAUUGCCGACCAUCGAAAUCACAAAAGGUGAUACCGUCCUACUUUACUUGACCAAUGGUCUUAAAGACUCCAAUACCUCAUUACAUUUCCAUGGUCUUUUCCAAAAUGGUGCGAACGCCAUGGACGGUCCAGAAUUUGUGACCCAAUGUCCAAUUGCUCCAGGACAAACGUAUUUAUACAACUUUACCGUGGACUCACAAUCAGGAACCUAUUGGUACCAUUCACAUACCGGGAACCAGUAUUUGGAUGGUCUUAGAGGGGCACUUAUCAUUCAUGAUUCAGAACCAAUGCCGUUUGAAUAUGAUGAGGAAGUGAUGUUGACGAUUUCUGACUGGUAUCAUGACUCGCAUAAGGAUUUGAUGAAACAGUUUUUGAAUAAGUAUAAUCCUACCGGUGCCGAGCCGGUGCCACAGAAUGCGUUGUUCAACGACUCUAGAAACGUUACUUGGGAAGUCAAGCCUAAUACUACGUAUUUUUUGAGAAUUGCCAGUGUUUCAGGGUUCGUGUCACAGUACUUGUAUAUUGAAGAUCAUGAAAUGACGGUGGUGGAAGUUGAUGGGGUUUAUGUCGAGCCAACCACCACCAAGAGCUUGUAUUUGACGGCAGCACAACGGUACGGGGUGUUGAUAAAGACCAAAGAAGUGAACCCUAAUAAGAAUUUUUGCUUUAUGCAAGCACUCGACGAAUCGAUGUUGGAUAUUGUUCCUGCAGAGUUAGAAUUGACUGGAACAAACUGGAUGGUGUACAAUAAAGAUGCCGAUUUGCCAGAAUCUUUUGAUUUUGACUAUACAGUUGAGGGAAACGAGCCGGUCGAUGAUUUCACCCUUGUUCCUAUUGGGAAAUACCCACUUUUGCCAGAUUAUGAUUAUCAAAUUGUUCUUGAUGUGGAAAUGCUCAACUUGGCCAAUGGGGUUAACUAUGCAUUAUUCAAUAACAUUACUUAUGUGCCACCAAAAGUCCCAACCCUUGCCACGGUGCUUUCUGCUCCUAAAGACCAAAUUUUUAAUAAGGAGAUUUAUGGGAGUAACACCCAUAGUUUUGUGCUUCAAAAAGAUGAGAUUGUUGAGAUUGUUGUUAAUAACCACGAUGAUGGGAAGCAUCCAUUCCAUUUACACGGGCACAUUUUCCAAGUGAUCCAAAAAUCCCCAGAGUUUGAAGAUCCUACCGAUUAUGAUGAAAACGACCACGAGUCGUUCCCAGACUAUCCUUUGCUUCGUGAUACCGUGCAAGUGGCGGGCAAUGGGUAUAUGGUUCUACGGUUUAAAGCCAAUAACCCUGGGGUGUGGUUUUUCCAUUGUCAUGUUGACUGGCACUUGGAACAGGGGUUGGCCAUCACCUUAAUUGAAGACCCAGAGACUUUAAGAGAGACCCAGUACUUGAGUGAUAACUUCAAGGAGGUAUGUGAUGCGGUGGGGAUGGGAUAUCAAGGGAAUGCCGCAGGAAACACCAAGGAUUAUGGUAAUUUGGAUAAUGAAAACGUUCAGCCGUCAUUUUUGCCACCAGGAUUCACCGCUAAAGGUUACUUCGCGAUGUUCUUGUGUGUCAUUACUGCCUUAUAUGGUCUUUAUACCAUUUUCAGCUUUGGUAAUGAAGACGACGCCACGUUGAGUGAGGAUGAAAUGAUUGAGAAUUUGAAGAAUAUUUUGAUUCAAAAUAAUGCAUUUGAUGAAUCACUAUUAGGAUCUGAAUGA